GUUUUCUUUCUGUAGGUCUUCCUGUCCGGCUUUAAUCUCUUGGAUUUCCGCUCUGGCUGACUCGAUUGCAAUGUUUUGGUGUGUGAUGGUUUUCUUCAGGCUGAGAAUCAGCGCCCAGACCAUCUGGUUGGUGAUGCGGUUACUGGUAUCAUCUGGCGCGUUGAAGUCGAGGGGUGGGAUCGUAAUGUUUUGUGUUCUCCUUGUCCUGCCCCUAUGGGCUGGUGCCAGCGUCUGCUCGCCCUCGUCUCUUGCAGAGUUUUCAGGUGUCCUUGGGGACACUAAUGUCGGAAUAAGAGUGUCUAUUGUACCACACCACUCGCGCAGCGAAGUAGAGCAGCGGUCGCUGGGGAGCUUCCGCGAAGAGCUUGACGGGUUUGAUGAGCUACCUCAGCUGGUUGAUAAUGCUAAAACGGAAAUGGGAAUAUCUACGCAUGGGAAAGCUAUUUCAAACGAUCUUCUACGGAUUGAGGUGUCCGGGCCAGACCGGCCGCAUUUGACCAUCGUUGACUUGCCAGGCCUUGUUCAUUCCGAAACCAAACAUCAAUCCGCACCGGACGUUCAGCUGGUGCAGGAGGUGGUUCAGUCAUAUAUGAAACAGCCGCGAAGCGUCAUCACCAAGCCCAAUACGCUGGUCGCAAAUUCCGCAAGCGAGAGGAUUUUUAUAUCAUUAGCGAAAAAUCGGGACAUUGGAUUUCGGCUCGGAUGGCAUGCGCUCAGGGAUAUGGAUACUGCUCAGGGCACUUGGACCCUUUCCGAUCGCGAUCAGAAAGAGCAAGACUUUUUCUCCAAGGGGGCCUGGGGAGAGAUGCCAUCCUCAUUGGUAGGGACUGGCUCGCUGCGUAAUCGUCUCAGCCGAUUACUUCUGCGACAGAUUGCGGCUGAGCUUCCAAAUCUCAUCGGAGAGAUUGAAGACAAGGAGGAGGAUUGUAUACAGCAAUUGAAUAAGCUUGGCGAGCCCAGAGCUACUUUAGAUGAGCAAAGGACUUAUCUUCUGAACAUUAGUCAACACUUGCAAUCUCUGGUCAAGGCUGCCGUCGAUGGCACAUACAAUGAAAUGUUCUUUGAAGAUAUCCAAUCUCCUACGGGUCAUCAGAAGCGGAUUCGUGCUGUCAUCCAAAAUCUGAACGAAGCUUUUGCAGAGCGCCUUAACACUGAUCAAGUUGAUGGUCUGAGUGGGCAAAUCCUGGUUACGCGAGGCAAGUUCAUGGGUCGUAUUCAGGAUCUUAUGAAACGAACAAGAGGACGGGAACUACCCGGCACAUUCAAUCCUAUGAUUGUCAGUGACCUAUUUCAGGAACAAUGUCGCCCCUGGGAAACAAUAACAUAUCAGCAUAUUUUCUCGGCUUGGUUGGCGGUCGAAAAAUUCAUGUCGCUUGUGAUAGGUUACAUAGCUGAUGAGGCAACUUCUGCCGUUCUUUUCGAUCAGGUCAUCUCCCCUGCACCCCUUCGACUCAAGGAGGUUCUGACGACAAAAUGCAAAAGCUUACUUGCAGUGGCCGUUGACAGGCGCGCAGGCGAGCUAAGGAGAAUCGUUCAACAUUUCUUUGGUAUCGACGACCUACAAGCACCGCAGUACCUCGGGAAGUAUACUGAGCCAAAUAUGAUGCGUUUCGCUUCGGAAGAGGCUUUGGAUUGCAUGCUUGCCUACCACAAGGUGGCACUGAAGCGAUUCAUCGACGACGUGGCGGUUGAGGCUGUGGAGGUUGAAUUGGUCCAGUCUCUUAAUUCUCUUUUUACACCCAUCAAAGUUUACGAAAUGCCGUCCGAGCUGGUAUCGCGCAUCGCAGGCGAAUCUGAAGAAAACCGUGCAUUAAGAGAACAACUAAACAAGAAAAUGCAGAUACUUGGGAGUGGCUUAAGCGUUUGUCGACAAUUUGUUGGUAGUCGAGGUGUCAGUACGAACCUAAUGAAUGCGGUACGCCGGUUUAAUGAUAAAUCCCAAGGUCGAACUGAUCACACCCCGUUGCAAAGCGAUUUUGCCGACCAGGACAUUUUCCCCCAUUGUGGUAACUCAAACGACACAGAUGCCGAACUGAAAAGCGAAAUAGAUGAAUCUCUUAGUGGACGGUCGAUAAUUUCCGCUCCCCAGUCAAUUUCAGAGGAUAGGAAUGAUGGAUACUUGGUCUUACAUGAAAGGAAACAAGAAGAGAAGGUCUAA